AGACGUAUUUUAAAAAUCAUAAUUUAGGGUUUUUAUUGUUUCAUAUUCGUUCAUUCCUCGGUCAUCAUCUCCCGUUUGUAAACCCUUUCUAAACCUUUGUAGCACUCGAUUUCAAGUUGCAGACCUCAAUUCAGUGUUGCUGUUGUAAGGAUGGUUGAGCUUCUCUUUGAUGAUAUCUUUAAGAUCGAGCGAUUAAACCCAGAUGGCAAAAAGUUUGAUAAAGUUACUCGAAUCGAGGCAAAGAGCGAGAAGUUUGACAUGUUCAUGCAUCUGGACAUUAAUACAGAAAUAUACAACUUGAAAGAAGGUGAGAAGUUUUCAAUGGCGCUGGCUCCAACUCUGAAUCUUGAUGGAACCCCUGACACAGGCUAUUUUCUUCAGGGCAAUAGGAAGUCGCUUGCUGACAGAUAUGAAUAUGUCAUGCACGGGAAGCUGUUUAGAAUAUCAGAAAGUUCUGGGCAUGGCGGUAAAGCGGAAAUAGAUGCUUCUUUUGGUGGGCUCCUGAUGAUGCUGAAGGGUGAUCCCUCACAUUGCAGCAAGUUUGAACUUGACCAGAGGCUGUUUCUUCUCAUCAGGAAGGUGUGAAGCCCUGUCAUUUGAAUUGAACUCUGAUGACUUUUACUAUGAAUGCUCCCGACAUUGCCUGUCUCUCUAGAACAUAUAAGAACUGCGAACGUGUAGAAAUCUAUGUAUUCUGAGCGUUGAAUUGAGAUCUGUAUUUGAUGAAAGAUUAGGCGUGUGAUCUUAUCUUUUGAACGUUUUGAUCAUCGCUUCGAUCUUGCCAAUAAUGUCAUGAACCAUGAUCACAAUAUCACUCUCGUUUUCCA